AUGGCCACCCCGUCAAAUGGGAGAACCCACGCCAAACUUGCUGGUACUGCCGACUAUGACGACGUGCAGUUCUGGGAUCACAAGUUUGCGACCGGCCGAGAUGUCGGUGAAUGGCUAAAUCCGGGCGAGUCGCUCGUCGACGCCGUGGUGUCCGACCUGGAGAGCCGGUCGUCUUUCGCGGUUGACGUGACGCCUCGCGUGUUACAUUUGGGACCGGGGAUAUCACAGCUCGGGGUCAAACUUCGGGACGCCUUCACGGAGCGUCGUUGGCUGGGUAAUGGCAUUGUGAACGUCGACUUUUCCGCCGAAGCAGUCCGCCUGGGCCUCGAGAGAGAGAGCAAGGAGGAUGUGUCGUGCGCUAUGCACUGGCUACGCGCAGACCUGCGGUCGUGGGACGACAUGUCGCGUCUUUCUCCCCUCGGACCGUUCGAUAUCAUCCUAGAAAAAAGCACCAGUGAUGCGAUUGCGACCGGCCCAUCGCCUCAUUUCUCGCCGGACACAGCCCCGGCCGAUAUCUGUCCGACCGUCCGGCGCAUUAUAGAGCAUAACGGCGAGACGAUAAUGUCCCCGGUCGAGCUGCUGGGAUUGCAUCUGGUGCCGUUAACGCGUCCGGGUGCUACGUGGGCUACGCUGUCUUAUUCGACGAUGCGCUUCGAUAAUUUGGGGCAUUUGGCGGACUAUUGGGACCUGGUGUCUCGUACGCCGGUGAAGGCGCCGCAGGGCGAGACUUCGGCGUUCGUGCACACGCCAGAGGUGUUUCAUUGGAUAUACAUACUGCGACGCAAGUAG